CACUCGCACUUCAACGCUCAAUCCCACAAAGCACACACACUUCACUUCAGCAUACUCUUUACACCCCCAAACCUUCAUCCAACAUGCCUCACAACACCCUUGGAAACGGCGAGUGGCUGAAGACCGGCGAGAGCCUCUGGAGCCAGGACGGCUCGGUCGAGUUCAAGAUGCAGGGAGACGGCAAGAUCGCCGUCUACUGGGGCGGCCAGUGCCGCUACCAGAGCACCGCGCAGCAGUCCUCCAACAUGAAGGGCAUCAUCAUGCAGGGCGACGGCAACUUGUGCAUGUAUGACAACAGCGGCAAGGCCACCUGGCAAACCAACACGGCCGCCCCUACAGGCGACGACACCGUCAUCUGCGCCGUCCAGAACGACGGCAACGUUGUUCUUUACAAGGGCACCCCGAUCUGGGCCAGCAACACCAACAAAUAGGCUAGCUUCGGAAAGGAACUCGAAGUCUUUUGACGAGGUCGAUGAUAAGGAACGGAAAUGGAUCAAACUCACUCCUUCACAAAGAAUAGUUCUUACAAAGAAGUCCAA